CCUUUUCCCGGUACUCCCCUCCCAGUCUGGGAUGCUGUCUGUCGGUCCCCGGGUUGUAUCUUUAAUAAGAUAAGAGAGCUGAGGCCGGAGAGGCGGAGUACCCCAAGGACGCACAGCUGGUGAAGACUCGAGGAGGGACUCGGGCCCGGGGCCCCUGAUCUUCUCCCCUGCUCAUCCCCUCUCUGCGCCCGAUCCAGGCUGUCGGGUCGGCCCCGCCGCUCGGCCUCAGUGGUCCCACCCCUACACAGCCUCUCUCCCGGGCAUUCUGGAUCUCCCCUCCCCCGGCUCCCGGUUUCCUUGUCAAAACUUCCUGCCUUGGCGAGGGCCCGAGUUCCCACCCCCUUCCUGCCCCCCGCCCCUCCGCGCCCCUCCCCGCCCAGCGAUCCACAACUUUCGGCCACCCUGCCGCUCUCGCAGUCGGCCUGGGGCUCCACGCAGGGACCCCCGCCCUGUCCUCCUCCAGGCCCACCCCGGCGGUCCCCACGCCAGGCGGACGGCGAGAUAGGGUCGCGAGGCAGGCUCCAUAUCAUGAGCAACGGGAUCCCCCAGGACACUCUCUGGGCUCCUCAGGCCCCGGGCCCCAAGGGCCCUGUCGCCCUGCCCCAGCUCACCUGAGUUUCUGAGGCCCCAGGAUGCCAUAGAGGCCUGAGACUUGGUCCUCCAGGUUUGUGGCUGCAGUGCCCCUCACCUGCUCCACACCUGGCCCUGUCACAGGCCUCAGCAAUGUCACCACCUCUGCGGGCCCUCUUUCUCCUGGCCCUGGGCCUGGGGCUGGCUGGAACCCUCAACCCCAAGGACCCCAACACCUGCAGCUUCUGGGAAAGCUUCACCACCACAACCAAGGAGUCGCACUCCCGCCCCUUCAGCCUGCUCCCCUCGGAGCCCUGUGACCGGCCCUGGGAGACCCCGCACACCUGCCCCCGGCCCACGGUUGUCUACCGGACCGUGUACCGCCAGGUGGUGAAGACAGAGCACCGAAUGCGCUUGCAGUGCUGCCGGGGCUUCUAUGAGAGCAGUGGAGUCUGUGUCCCGCUUUGUGCUCAGGAGUGUGUUCAUGGCCGCUGCAUGGCACCCAAUCAGUGCCAAUGUGUGCAAGACUGGCGGGGCGACGACUGCUCCAGUGCUUGUGCUCCAGGAGUUUGGGGGCCACAGUGUGACAAGCCCUGCAACUGCGGCAACAGCAGCUCCUGUGACCCCAAGAGUGGGGCAUGUUCCUGUCCCUCUGGGCUGCAGCCUCCACACUGCUUUUGGCCCUGCUCCCCUGGCAGCUAUGGCCCUGCCUGUCAGUUCAGCUGCCAGUGCCAUGGGGCACCUUGUGACCCCCAGACCGGAGCCUGCCUCUGCCCCCCAGAGAGAACUGGGCCCAGCUGCGAGGUGUCCUGUUCACAGGACAAUGUUGGCUUCUCCUGCCCCAGCACCCCUCCCUGCCAAAACGGGGGUGUCUUCCAGGCCUCUCGGGGCUCCUGCAGCUGCCCACCUGGCUGGAUGGGCACCAUCUGUUCCCUGCCCUGCCCCGAGGGCUCCUAUGGACCCAACUGCUCCCAGGAAUGUCGCUGUCACAACGGAGGCCUCUGCGACCGGUUCACUGGGCAGUGUCGCUGCGCUCCGGGAUACACAGGGGAACGGUGCCGUGAGGAGUGCCCCGUGGGCCGCUUCGGGCAGGACUGUGCUGAGACUUGCGACUGCGCCACGGGCGCCCGCUGCUUCCCGGCCAACGGCGCGUGUCUGUGCGAACACGGCUUCACUGGGGACCGCUGCGCCGAACGUCUCUGCCCCGACGGCCUCUAUGGCCUCAGCUGCCAGAUGCCCUGCACCUGCGACCCGGAACACAGUCUCAACUGCCACCCGAUGAGCGGGGAGUGCUCUUGCCUGCCGGGCUGGGCGGGCCUCCACUGCAACGAGAGCUGCCCGCAGGACACGCACGGGCCCGGCUGCCAGGAGCACUGCCUCUGCCUGCACGGCGGCGUCUGCCAGCCCGACAGCGGCCUCUGCCGGUGCGCGCCCGGCUACACGGGCCCGCAUUGCGCUAGCCUGUGUCCCCCUGACACCUAUGGAGUCAACUGCUCCGCACGCUGCUCCUGCGAAAAUGCCAUCGCCUGCUCGCCCAUCGACGGCGCCUGCGUCUGCAAGGAAGGUUGGCAGCAUGGUAACUGCUCCGUGCCCUGCCCACCUGGUACCUGGGGCUUCGGUUGCAAUGCUAGCUGCCAGUGUGCCCACGAGGCAGCCUGCAGCCCCCAAACUGGAGCCUGUACCUGUACCCCUGGGUGGCACGGGACCCACUGCCAGCUCCCUUGCCUGAAGGGGCAUUUUGGUGAAGGCUGUGCCAGUCGCUGUGACUGUGACCAUUCUGAUGGCUGCGACCCUGUUCACGGACACUGCCAGUGCCAGGCUGGCUGGACAGGUACCCGCUGCCAGCUGCCCUGCCCUGAGGGCUUCUGGGGAGCCAACUGUAGCAACAUCUGCACCUGCAAGAAUGGGGGCACCUGCAUCCCUGAGAAUGGCAAUUGUGUGUGUGCACCUGGAUUCCGAGGCCCCUCCUGCCAGAGAUCCUGUCAGCCCGGCCGCUACGGCAAACGCUGUGUGCCCUGCAAGUGUGCUAACCACUCCUCCUGCCACCCUUCGAAUGGGACCUGCUACUGCAUGGCUGGCUGGACAGGCCCUGACUGCUCCCAACCGUGCCCUCUAGGACACUGGGGGGCCAACUGUGCCCAGCUCUGCCAGUGUCGCCAUGGCGGGACCUGCCACCCCCAGCAUGGGAGUUGUUUCUGCCCCCCAGGCCGGACUGGACAUCUCUGCUUGGAAGGCUGCUCUCCAGGGGUGUUCGGUGACAAUUGUUCCCAACCAUGCCAGUGUGGUCCCGGAGAGAGGUGCCACCCAGAGACUGGGGCCUGUGUGUGUCCCCCAGGGCACAGUGGUGCCCCCUGCAGGAUUGGAAGCCAGGAGCCAUUCACGAUGAUGCCUACCUCUCCAGUGGCCUAUAACUCACUCGGGGCAGUGAUUGGCAUUGCAGUGCUGGGAUCCCUGGUGGUGGCCCUGGUGGCGCUGUUCAUUGGCUACCGCCAUUGGCAAAAAGGCAAGGAGCACCAGCACCUGGCAGUGGCCUACAGCAGCGGGCGACUGGACGGCUCUGAGUAUGUCAUGCCAGAUGUCCCUCCGAGCUACAGUCACUACUACUCCAACCCCAGCUACCACACCCUGUCACAGUGCUCACCUAACCCCCCGCCCCCUAACAAGGUCAGUGUUGGGGGCGGGGAUGCACUGUGGGUGCCCUGUGGGCACAGCCCGGUUCUCCGGGCUCCAGCCGUGCACGUUCCUCUCCCUGCCCCACCCCUCCCCUGCCAGGUUCCAGGCAGUCAGCUCUUUGCCAGCCUCCAGGCCCCUGAGCGGCCAGGUGGAGCCCAUGGGCAUGAUAACCACGCCACACUGCCUGCUGACUGGAAGCAUCGCCGGGAACCCCCUCCAGGGCCUCUGGACAGGGGUAGCAGCCGCCUGGACCGAAGCUACAGCUGUAGCUACAGCAACAGGAAUGGCCUAGGCCCCUUCUACAGUAAAGGGCCCAUCUCUGAAGAGGGGCUGAGGGCCAGCGUGGCUUCCCUGAGCAGUGAGAACCCCUACGCCACCAUCCGGGACCUGCCCAGCCUGCUAGGGAGUCCCCGGGAGAGCAGCUACAUGGAGAUGAAAGGCCCUCCCUCAGGGUCUCCCCCCAGGCAGCCGCCUCAGCUCAGGGACAGCCAGAGGUGGCGGCGACACUGCCAGCCAGAGAGAGACAGUGGCACCUAUGAGCAGCCCAGCCCCCUGACCCAUGACCGAGACUCUGUGGGUUCCCAGCCCCCUCUGCCUCCGGGCCUGCCUCCUGGCCACUAUGACUCACCCAAGAACAGCCACAUCCCUGGACACUAUGACUUGCCUCCAGUACGGCAUCCCCCGUCACCCCCACUUCGGCGCCAGGACCGUUGAGGGGCCAAGAUGGUGUGCAGAGGUCAGCACACCGGUUCUUUGCUGCUCAAGGCUGAGGACAGAGCCCGUUGUACCCUGCCAGGAGCAGGGAGAGGACUGGCCGGCCGUGAACACGAACAUGUUUAAUAGAGGAAGUGAAUGGAGAGGAGACGGGAGCCUGGCUCCCAGGUUCUACCAUGGGAAACAGUGGUCAGCAGGAAACCUGUGUUCCUUUUCCCCAACCCAUUGCUCCCCAAGGCCCCCAGGGCCCUGUAUACAUAAACUGGUGGGUUGAAUGUUGCUGGAUAACUCUGAUUUCAGAUUGCUGUAAGAAGUGUAUAUUGGGUAACUUUUCUGUGCACUCCCGGGCUAGGCUCUGUGUGUGCGUGCAUGCGUGUUUUCAGAGGGGUACCAGGCACUGAUCCUGUCCUGGGGCACUCACUAUAUAGUGGAGAGGCAGCCCAAACCCGGUUAACUCUAGAAAUAGCCUGACUGGCCUCCCUGCAUUCAUUUGGUACUCCUGCCAACCAACUGCUUCAAAAUACAAGCUGGUUAGGUUACCCCUGCCUGAAAGUCUCCAUGGGUGCCCCAUGGCCCUUGGGCUACAGUCAAAAUUGUCCAAAGCCUGAAAGGCUUUGCUGGCCUGCCUGCCUAUCUCUUCAGCCUCACUCUGAACUGUGUUCCCUGUCACUUUGCUCCAGUCACACUGGCCUCUACGUCCUCCUAUCAGCCACACAUCUUCCUACUACAGGGACUUGGCACAUCUGGAAUGCUCUUCCUCCCCCACUCACCUGUUAACUCCUGCUUGUCCUUCACACGCCGUGUUCUCUUUCACAGCACUGAUUACUGAUGUGUUCAUGCACCAGUUACCUGCAGAAGGCCUACAGGGUGCCAGGCACCUCUGUAAUGUGUUGCUUUUUAGUGUGAUUAUUUGAUUAAUCUCUGCCUCCUCCACCAGACUCUCAGUUCCCUGAAAGCAGGAAUCCUGUGUUUAUGUUCAACAUUGGCUCCCCUUGGCACAUGGUAGACACUCAAUAAAUGUUCCCCC